AUGGAGCAAGAACACGGACAAUGGGAAAAGGGUUUAAGCUUAGCUCCAAAUAAAUCAUUUCCGGAACGAUGUAAUUGUCAUAAAAAUACAAAUUCAGAACCGGAAAAUUGGGUUGAAGUACUGGAAGCGCUUGAAACAGUUGGUGAAGCGGCAAUGCUUCGAAAGUUAGAAGAAUGCACAACUGGCGGCGGUAAUGGUACAACGAUAACAUCACAUACUCAUAGCAAUCCUUUAAUAACCAGAUGUAAUGAGUCUGCAAUUGUUCAACGUUCCGAUUUAAGACUACCAGCUGGUGAUACUAUUGGACGACAACUGUAUCCAGUUACUUCAUCAACAGGUGCAUUAGUUCGUCCUAUGCUAUCACCUUCCGUAAAUUCGAAAUUCUCAAAACUCGGAACACAACAAAGUGAAUAUUCGAGCAAUGAUCGAAUGGAUUCGUUAAGCCUUUCAAAUGAUUCGCAAACUAGUACAUCACUUGGUGAUGUAUCGUAUCAUAUGGUACCUCCAAAACCACCUCGUUAUGGUACCAGUGAUAUACAUGCUUUAUCCGUCUUAUCAGAACCAUCAAAUGUUAGGACUAGUAUUUCAGGUGGUAUAUCACCACGUUCAAUGCGCGAAUCAUCUAAGUCAAAAAAUAACAAAUUGUCACCACCAUCUACAGCACUUGUACUUCAUGAACUUAGUAGUAAAACAUUUGCGCCAACUACAAGUGGAACAACACAUCAAGUUCGAUUACGCAGGGAUCCAUCAACGAAUAGUUUUGGAUUUAGCGUAUCAGAUGGUGUUGGUGAUAAUGCCGGAGUUUUUAUCAAUGGAAUUUUACCAGGUGGUCCAGCAGAUCGAUGUGGACAAAUUUUGCCAUAUGAUAAAAUUUUGCAGAUAAACGAUACAUCUCUGCAAUAUUUGGACUGUGAUUUGGCUCUUCCUUUGCUUCAAGUGGAUGAGAUUGAAAUGAUACUUUAUCGUGAAACUAAUUCGUCCACAAAUAUCAUUGAUGAUGACGAAGAAAGCUAUUGUAAUAGUAUUAAUUUAAGCUUACGCUAUUCAGCCGUAUAA